AUGAGCUCGUCUUUUGAUCCGUCGCUCUCGACAAGUGGCAUGCGCCCGCCUCUCACGUCGGCCGAUGCACCGUCCAUGGCCGAUUCACUCCCCAGUAUCAACUUCGGAUUUGAAGAUCUCCGAAAUCGCAUGGCACAGUUCACUGCUCGCUUUGACGCUUUCAUUGAGAGAGGCCGCAAGCAGGUAUUGGAGGAGAGGAACCAGUUCAAGAUUGGACUGGCAGAGCUACAGGAGGAUGAACGCAUGAAGCAAAGGGACAUCGAGAUCCUGGAUCUUAAAUCGCAAACGCAUCAGCAAACACUACAGAAGGAAGCCGCUGAAGCAGCGGAAAUGCACGCCGCCAUCUCAUCCGUGACCCUGGAGCGCGACUCCCGCCUCGCCAAGCGCGACCGCCUCAAGCAACAAAUUGACGAGACCCAAAAGGCGAUUAACCAGAAGCUGGAGGCACAGAAGAUGCACGCCAGAUAUCUGGAUGCUCAGGCUCGGCUGAACGUGCCGGAAUUGGACUUUUGGCAGGACUAUCUGUGUUUACGCAUUGAGGGAGCCGGACGAGAGGAUCGACUGAAGUUUGUUUACACCCAUUUGCUCGAAAAAGACUGGGAAGCGGAAGCGUGGUUUGAACUCGGAACAGGGAGCCGCGAUUACGCAGUAUUUCAUACACGACCGAAACUCGAUCGGGAGGCUCUCGAGCGUGAGCUCGAUAUCGUCAAUGAGGAUCGCGAUUUCGGUGCGUUCUUGAAAAGAAUGCGGAAGUUGUUCGUCGAUACCAUGAAAUAG